AUGGCGGAGUGGACCAUAUUAGAGCGGCUGUUGGAGGCGGCUGUCCAGCAACACUCUACUAUGAUCGGAAGGAUCCUGCUGACUGUUGUGGUGAUCUUCCGGAUUCUGAUCGUAGCGAUUGUUGGAGAGACCGUGUACAACGACGAGCAGUCCAUGUUCGUGUGCAACACCUUACAGCCGGGCUGCAACCAGGCCUGCUACGACCAGGCAUUCCCCAUCUCCCACAUCAGGUACUGGGUAUUCCAGAUCAUCAUAGUGUGCUGCCCCAGCCUCUGCUUCAUCACCUACUCUGUGCACCAGUCGGCCAAGCAGAAGGAGCGGCGCUUCUCCACCGUGUUCCUCUCCCUGGACAGAGAAAUGGAUUACUUGAAGAGAGAUGACAGCAAAAAGAUGAAGAACACCAUCGUGAACGGUAUUUUGCAGAACUCAGACAACUGCAGUAAGGAGGUAGAGUCCAACUCCAUGAUGAGCAAAGAAUAUCCAUGCAGCUCACAAAAACGAACUACAAAGUCAAAACUGCGACGGCAGGAGGGCAUCUCCAGGUUCUACAUCAUCCAGGUGGUGUUCAGAAACGGACUAGAGAUUGGGUUUCUGGUGGGUCAGUACUUCCUGUAUGGAUUCAAUGUCCCCGGGGUGUACGAGUGCGAUCGGUACCCGUGCAUAAAAGAUGUAGAGUGCUACGUUUCCAGGCCGACGGAGAAGACGGUGUUUCUGGUCUUCAUGUUCGCAGUCAGUGGUAUUUGCGUGCUUCUGAACUUGGCAGAGCUCAACCACCUCGGCUGGAAGAAGAUCAAAGCGGCUGUGCGAGGGGUGCAGGCCCGAAGGAAGUCUGUUUAUGAGAUCCGGAACAAAGACAUGCCCAAGAUGAGUAUGCCCAAUUUGGGGCGCACUCAGUCCAGCGACUCUGCGUAUGUGUAACUGCCCACAGGAACAUGAGGAGGCUGCAGGACAGCUGUGUAGAAACAAGUCACCAAGAAUAAUCAUUCAUAUAUUAGCAUGUAGUCUUCAAAUGAAACAAGUGAAAGCUGAGGAUUUUCAGUGAAAGACAUAUUCCUGAAGAGAGACAUAUUCCUGAAGAGAGCUUUUGACUGAAUCCUCCUAACUGGAAUUUGUAUGUGGACCAAUAAUCUAGGUGACAUCAUGUUGUAUUUAGCAGGUAUUGAUUUGAUUAGUCUUUUAUGGAGAGUUUCAGAUGGACCGCAUAUUUGUUUACUUGGCCCUAGUAAAAAAAUAUAUUUUAUUGUGGUGCAAAGUGUUUCUUGAAAGCAUAAACUGAUACACUGUAUGGCCAAAUGUGUGAGGAUAACUUAACAUGAGUAAUAAUUGUAUUUGGAGUCUUAAACUUGACAUAGCUCCUCUGAAGCCACUGUCAU